CCGUCAGCUAUGACCAUGCUUUUCUUCCUAAUAAUUUAUAAAUGCUAUUGCUAUUCCUUCUUUUUUCCCAACUCAAGUUACGAGUCUUCAUUUUUGUGAAACUACUUCAAUUUGGAAAAAAUCAACCAAUGGAAGCACCUCAAGGAGGGAAGAAGUCGGGGGACAUUAAUGCAGAGGUUCGGUACAGGGGAAUUCGGAGGAGGCCAUGGGGAAAGUUUGCGGCGGAGAUUCGUGACCCGACGAGGAAUGGAGCACGGUUGUGGCUGGGAACAUUCGAGACGGCUGAAGAGGCUGCGAGGGCCUAUGACAGGGCUGCUUUCGCUUUCCGGGGUCACUCGGCUAUUCUCAAUUUCCCAAACGAGCACCAAUAUCAGAACUCAACGUUUCCUCCAUCCUCUUCUUCAGCUUCAUCGUCUGCUACAGCACGAAGAACUGAAGUUAUAGAAUUUGAGUGCCUUGAUAACAAGUUGCUGGAGGAUCUUCUUGAAACGCAAGAUAAGCAACGGUCAUAGUGAAAAAGUUGUUUUAACAAGUUUUAUUAUUCAUUUACCUAUAUUUCAUUUGAUUUUGCAUUCUUUUUAAAUCUUUGUUAGAAAUUGCUAUUGUAUUUGGAAUUUAUUAAUGAAUUUUAUAUUAUUCUCAAA